AUGUCUGAUCCCAACGCCCAGCUCGUCAACGAUCUCUUGUCCGCUCCGACGGCCAUCAAGCGCUUCCAGCGGCUACUCGUCCAGGGGGGUAGUCUUGUGACGGGUGAGGCUCUGCGCAAGCUGAUCGUCUUCGACUUCAACGGCGCUCAGCCCGCGAAUGGCGCGCUGGGUGGUGCAGCCAAGUCGGCCACCGUAGAGACGUUUCCCUUGGUCACUGAUCUCGGCAUAGGCAUGACGCUUCUCUUCCUCGAGCCCUGCGGGAUCAACACGCCGCACAUCCACCCGAGGGCGACUGAGUUUCUGCUUCUGGUCGAAGGGUCCGGCCUCCGAUUCGGAAGCUUCCUCGAGAAUGGCCUGGUUUCACUGGGGCAGAACCAGGAGGUCGCCGGCACGCUGGACAGGUAUCAGGCUACGGCCUUCCCGUCGGGCAGCUUGCACUACCAGUUCAAUAACGGGUGUCAGAAGGCGGUCCUUGUGGCGGGCUUCAACUCAGACGAUCCAGGUACAAGCUCGGCAGCGCAGGGCUUCUUCAGCCUCAAUCCAGAGGUGGUCAACGCCACGCUCGGCCCCGCUGUGUCUUUCGCUGGCGGCAGGCCAGAGGAGCUGCCAAAGCUGAUUCCCGAAAGCCUUGCGCAGGACGUGCGCAGCUGCUUGGCCAGGUGCAGGGGGUAG